UCAAGCUUCCAACCAACAGCCAUUUGCACCGCUUCCCGCCAAACCCCAUUAAACCCUAAAAAAAUCUUCUUCUUCUUCUUCUUCAACCGUUGGCUUCGCUUCACUGUCUUCUGCAACCAGCAGCCACCUUCUUCAAGCUCUCCGAAUCCUCAUCAAUGGACCGAGAUUGAGGUGGAGAAAGCUAAUGGGUUGUUUGGGACGAAGAAGGCUGGGGAUCGGCAAGUUGUUUGGAUGAGCCAUGGAGACGAGGUGGCAGAACUUCCCGAUGGGUUUCAAGUGGUGGCGCGGAGUCAACAAGGGUCGGUGGCGGCCGUGGAAAAUCAUUCCAAGAAGUUUUUUGGGUUGCAGUAUCAUCCGGAGGUAACACAUUCACCUGAAGGGAUGGAAACAUUACGUUAUUUUCUCCUUGAUGUCUGCGGAGUUACUGCUAGCUGGAAAAUGGAGAAUAUUCUUGACGAAGAAAUGAAAGCAAUCAAAGAAACUGUGGGUCCAGAUGAUCAUGUUAUAUGUGCAUUAUCAGGGGGAGUGGAUUCAACAGUUGCAGCAACUCUUGUCCAUAAGGCAAUUGGGGAAAGGCUUCACUGUGUUUUUGUUGACAAUGGUUUAUUGAGGUAUAAAGAAAGAGAACGUGUUAUGGAAACCUUUGAAAGAGAUCUUCAUUUGCCAGUUACUUGUGUUGAUGCAGCCGAUCAUUUUCUUAGUAGGCUGAAAGGCGUAAUAGAUCCUGAGAUGAAAAGAAAAAUAAUUGGAAAGGAGUUCAUUUCUAUAUUUGAUUCAUUUGCCCAUGAUUUGGAGCUUAAAUUUGGUAAGAAGCCUUCUUACUUGGUCCAAGGCACAUUGUAUCCAGAUGUAAUUGAAUCUUGUCCACCACCUGGAUCUGGAAGAACCCAUUCCCACACAAUCAAAAGUCACCAUAAUGUUGGAGGACUUCCCAAGGAUAUGAAAUUGAAGCUUAUUGAGCCACUUAAACUUCUCUUUAAAGAUGAGGUACGCCAACUGGGGAGGAUAUUGAACGUUCCUGAAGCAUUUCUAAAGCGUCACCCCUUUCCUGGCCCUGGUCUUGCUGUACGAGUGCUGGGUGACGUAACAGAAGGCAAUGCCUUGGAUGUUCUUCGCCAGGUUGAUGAGAUUUUUAUUCAGUCAAUCAAGGACGCUGGGCUUUAUGAUUCAAUAUGGCAAGCAUUUGCAGUGUUUUUGCCUAUAAAAUCAGUUGGAGUUCAGGGUGAUCAAAGGACACAUUCUCAUGUUGUCGCUCUGAGAGCUGUUACAAGUCAAGACGGAAUGACAGCAGAUUGGUUUAAUUUUGAGCAUCAAUUCCUGGAUAAUGUGUCAAGAAAAAUUUGCAAUAGCGUUCGGGGCGUAAACCGGGUUGUUCAAGACAUUACAUCGAAGCCUCCAUCAACGAUUGAAUGGGAAUGAGAUCUCAACUCCAAGUUUUGCUAUUGAGCGUGGACAAUAAUUGUUUCAAUAAUUUUUAUUCUAUGUUUGGUUGUCUUAGUGGUAAUGUAGCUGAAUUUUAUCAAACUUUUUAUUUGUUAGUAAAUAAAGACCAUGCUUCUCUCCAUAA